AUGCUUCGCUUUAUCCAAAUCCCUCAUCAUCCUAUACACAAACUUAAAUACGCCCGUUCCAUUGCAUCCAAAGCUCUUGAGAGACCUCAUGCUCAUGCCUUCUACGAUGACAAAAUCACCAACUUUGCCAGCAAACAAGUAAACCCUGUAACCCUCGGUAAACUAGCAGGCUUUGGACGUCCACCGCUGUCCAACGAAAGUCUACAAGCUUGCACACGAUACGCACGAACUGAACUACCGGUGCGUUUAGCGAGACGCGUAAGAGCCUUUCAAAGUUUACCUUUCAUCGUCGGUACCAAUCCUCAUAUAAAAGAAAUUUAUAGUUUGUAUUACGAUUCUUUCGAGUCGCUGGUGAAAUACGCACUUCCCGAUGCUCCUGGCGAUGAUUUAGAAUUCACUGAAAAGCUCAAGGAUUUCGUUGAACGUCAUAGCGAUAAUAUUCCCACUCUUGCCAGAGGCUUCUUGGAAUGCAAGCAGUACAUGAACUCGCAAGAUAUGGCACGAUUCUUGGACGACAUGAUUCAAGCACGGAUAGGCAUCCGUCUCAUUGCAGAACAAGCCAUUGCAUUGAUGCAACAAAAAGACUUGCAAACAGAUGGUUUGGUGGGCAUCAUUGACACUCAGAUCAGACCCGUUCAGUUGAUCAAAUCCUGUUCUGAUUUCGUUGCCGAGCUGUGUGAAUUCAACUAUGGUCAAAGCCCAGAUGCCAUCAUUGACGGUCAUACAGAUACCAUGUUUACCUACGUCCCUGUCCAUCUUGAGUACAUUCUGACAGAGCUGUUAAAGAAUUCCUACAGAGCCACUGUAGAGCAUCAUAAAAAGAUGGGCAGAACAACCGAAUUGCCACCUAUCCAAAUCACCAUCAGCCAGGGCCAUGAGGACAUUUCAAUUCGAAUUCGCGAUCAAGGCAACGGCAUCAGCGACGAAGAUCUCCACAAGGUGUUUGAAUACUCUUACACCACAGUAUCCAAGUCAAAGGAGGAUGCAGAGAACGACCCAUCCAACAUUUUUAGAAACAUUACAGAGAUGGCAAUGCAAAGCGGUGUUGGCGGUCCGUUGGCUGGUUUAGGGUUUGGCUUACCACUGGCCAGAAUGUAUGCUCGCUACUUUGGUGGUUCGCUUACUUUGGUAUCCAUGUGGGGGUUUGGAUGUGAUGUAUUCCUCAAACUGAGACAUAUUGAUGAUUCCAUGGCUGAAGGACUAGAAAUUUAA